AUGUCUGCACAGGAAGACGGGGCGAUGCCUCCCUCCACGAAAGCAUCGAGCACGUCAAAAACCGCGUCGGAGACGUAUCAAAAACUAAGCCAGCUCGAGCACGUUCUACGGCGCCCCGACACCUACAUCGGGAGCGUCGAGAAGCGCACCGAGCAGAUGUGGGUUUUUGAUAGCGAAAAGCAGCAGAUGGUGUACCGCGACACCACCUACGUCCCCGGCUUUUACAAAAUCUUUGACGAAAUUCUUGUUAAUGCCGCGGAUAACAAGGUGCGCGAUUCGAGCAUGGACACACUCAAGGUCACGAUCGACAAGGAGGCGGGCUCUGUGUCUGUAUGGAACAACGGACAAGGCAUCCCGAUCGAGGUGCACGAAAAAGAGCAGAUCUAUAUCCCCGAACUGAUUUUUGGCAACCUGCUAACUUCGUCCAACUACGAUGACGACGAAGCAAAGGUGACCGGUGGGCGCAACGGAUUUGGCGCAAAGCUUACCAAUAUCUACUCGUCCGAAUUUACCGUCGAGACGGCGGACAGGGAGCGCGAGCUCAAGUACAAGCAGACCUUCAAAGAGCACAUGCACGCCAAAGAAAAGCCGAAAAUUUUAAAGAACAGUCGCAAGGAAGAGUUUACCUGCAUCACCUUCAAGCCUGACCUUGCACUCUUUCACAUGGACUCGAUUGAUGCGGAUACCGAAGCGUUGCUCAUGAAGCGUGUCUACGACAUGGCCGGCACGGUAAAAGGCGUCAAGGUGUAUCUGAACGGCGAGCGACUCAAAGUAAAAAACUUUAAGCAGUACUUCGAGAUGUACGUCAGCGCGAUUCAGGAGAUUAGCGGCGUGCCCAAAGCGGAAGACGAAAACGGAGCGCCGCAGCCGAAACCAACCGUUGUGUUUGACUCGAGCGAGCACAGUGGCCGGACUUGGGAAGUGGGUUUUGCCGUCUCGGAUGGCACCGCACGCCAAGUCUCAUUUGUGAACAACAUUGCAACUAUCAAGGGCGGCAAACAUGUCGAGCAUGUCGAGUCUCAAAUCGUGAACCGAAUUUUGGAACACGUCAACAAAGGAAAGAAAAGCGCAGCGGUCAAGACGAACCAAGUCCGCCAGCAGCUCUGGAUCUUUGUCAACUCCCAAAUCGUGAACCCAACCUUUGAUAGCCAGACGAAGGAGACGCUCACGCUCAAGCCCAGUGCGUUUGGCUCGAAGUGGGUUAUGCCCGACGACUUUGCACGCAAGGUGCUUCGCUCCGGCGUUGUAGACAACGUGCAGUCCAUUGCACAAUACCAGCAAGACAGGCAGCUGCAAAACACCGACGGACGCAAGCGCUCGCGUGUCUCUGUGACCAAGCUCGAGGAUGCCAAUUGGGCCGGCGGAAAGCGCAGUGGCGAAUGCACGCUGAUUCUUACCGAGGGUGACUCGGCCAAGGCGCUCGCUGUGUCUGGCCUCAGUGAGGUAGGGCGUGACGCAUACGGUGUAUUUCCUUUACGCGGUAAGCUGCUCAAUGUCCGCGAAGCGACGCACGACGCGAUUAUGAAGAAUGCCGAGAUUAAAAACAUCAAGGAGAUUCUCGGUCUGCAGCAUGGAAAGCAGUAUGAUUCGGUCGAUGGCCUGCGUUACGGAAGUAUCAUGAUCAUGACCGACCAGGACUUUGACGGAUCGCACAUCAAAGGCCUCAUUAUCAACUUUCUAGACCACUUUUACCCGUCGCUCCUGCGCCUGCCCAACUUUUUGGUAGAAUUCAUCACCCCGAUCGUCAAGGCGACCAAAGGCAGCGAGGUGAAGGCCUUUUUUACCAUGCCAGAGUACGAGCGUUGGAAAGAGAGCAGUGACGGCGGCAGGGGCUGGUCGAUCAAGUACUACAAAGGUCUCGGUACCUCCAAGGCUGAGGACAUGAAAAAAUACUUUAGAAACAUGGACACGCACAUGCUUUCUUUUGAAGCGAUGCGUCCAGCUGAUCGCGAGCUCGUUGACCUUGCCUUUAACAAGAAAAAAGCCGACGACCGCAAAGAAUGGCUCCGCCAGUUUGUCCCAGGCACAUUUUUGGACCACCGCAUCCGUACCGUGCCCAUCUCUGAUUUCAUCAACAAGGAACUGAUCCUCUUCUCGAUGGCCGACAAUAUCCGUUCGAUUCCCUCGGUCGUCGACGGCCUUAAGCCAGGCCAACGCAAGGUGCUUUUUGGCUGCUUUAAGCGCAACCUCAAGGGCGAAAUCAAAGUGCAGCAACUUCAGGGCUACGUCUCGGAGCACACUGCCUACCACCACGGCGAUCAGAGCUUAGUCAUGACCAUCGUUGGCCUUGCGCAGGACUACUGCGGGAGCAACAAUGUCAACCUUCUCAUGCCAAACGGUCAGUUUGGUACGCGGUCCAUGGGCGGAAAAGACGCCGCCAGUGCGCGUUACAUUUUCACAGCAGUGCCACGCAUAACCCGCACGCUGUUCAACCAACAGGACGAUGCGCUGCUUAACUACCUUGACGACGACGGCCAGAGUAUCGAACCAGAGUGGUAUGUUCCUGUCGUUCCCCAGGUGCUCUUGAACGGCGCCGAAGGGAUCGGCACGGGCUGGAGCACCUUUGUUCCGAACUAUAACCCACACGAUAUCGUCGCCAACUUGCGGCGGCGCAUGGCUGGUGAGGAAUAUGUACCGAUGAUGCCGUGGUACCGUGGUUUUUGCGGCACGAUUGAACCUGUUGCUCAGGAUCGCUACCGCAUUGCAGGUCAUGCGAACCAGCUCGAUGAGGUUACGUGGGAGAUUACGGAGCUGCCUGUCCGUACAUGGACCAUGUCGUACAAAGAGUGGCUCGAGGAGCGGCUGAAUGGCAGCGACAAGACGCCCGCUGUGGUCCGCGAGUACAAAGAGUACCACUCCGACACAACCGUCCACUUUGUUGUGGAGCUCAAUCAGCGCGGCGUAGAAGAGAUUGCCAAGGUAGGUCCCGACGCCUUUUUCCGCCUUUCAAGCAUCUUUUCCACGGGAAAUAUGGUGCUUUUUAGCCCCCAAGGCAAGAUUAAAAAGUAUGCGUCGCCACUCGAGAUGCUCGAUGACUUUUAUUUCCUGCGUCUCGGCUACUAUCAGCGGCGCAAAGAGCAUCUUGUCGAUGAGCUGAAGCACGUAUACGACCGCCUCUCAAACCAGGCACGGUUUGUGAGCAUGAUCAUUGACAAGGAGCUCAUUGUGUCGAAUAGGAAGAAGCUCGCGAUUGUGGAGGAGCUUCGCUCGCUUGGGUUCCAAGCGUUUCCCAAGCCGGUCGCCAAGGCGAAGAGUGUCGCGGAUAGGGCAGAGGAAGAGCCGGAAGAAGAGGCAGAGGAAGAGGCCGCGCUGGGCGGCAGUAUUACCGAUUAUGACUACCUGCUGGGCAUGGCGAUUUACUCGCUUACCAAAGAGCGCGUCGAUCGCUUGCUGCAUGAGCGCGACGGAACGGAGCAGCGCCUCAAGAUCUUGCUGGGGCGCUCGCCGCAGAAUUUGUGGGACGAAGACCUGACCAAUUUCUUGACCGAGUGGGAAGCAAAGCUCGAAGAUGAUGCGCGUCUUGCGGCACAGACCAGCAUCAGACAAAUCGCGAUGCCAAAGCGACGCCGCGCUCCGGCGAAGAAGCCCGUGAAGAAAGAAGAGGAAGAGGGACAGCAUGCCAAGCCGGUAUCGCCGCUGAAGAGCGCCGCGAAAAGCGAGUUAGCAGCGCCCUCCGCAAAGCAUACUCGCGAUAGCGACGACGAGCUUGCGAUGCCUGCGCCGAAAGUAGCCAAAGCCGCGCCGAAAGUGGCCAAAGCCGCGCCGAAAGUGGCCAAAGCCGCGCCGAAAGCCGCGCCGAAACCCAAAGCGCCCAAGCGUGCAGCGACGCCAUCCGACGACGAGGCGCUUCCUCCGCCGGCACGCCGAGCAACAAGCUCGCGGGCAGCCGCAAAAUCAAAGCAUACGUACCAAAUUGACUCGGAUGAGGAAGUACAGGACGAUCCGGCGGACGAAAGUGUCCAGAUCGACGACGACGACGACGACGACUACUAUCGUUGA